GAAAUAUCCCAAAGCAACACUUGUCUUUGCCUUCAGGCUUCAGUUGAGUGUGAGUUAUGGCAGCAAAUGCUGGAAAUUUGGUAUCGCCGAGGAGCUUCAACCCAAUAUUCAAUCCAUGCCACGUUGCAGCCAAGUUCAAAACCUUCAGAUUGCUCUCUCGGUUUCACUCUCACAAUAAUCUCUCUGUCACUGCUUCUAAAAGAAAGGAUAACUUGCACUCUCCGGUGAUUGGGAAGAACACGACCAGGGCUGCUCGCCGUCUGAUCACAAUAUCACCAGGUGAUGGCAAAUAUCAUGGGGAUUGGACAUGUGACUUUCUCGUGUCUUUGCACGACCUACACUUACAAGAUUUGAUUGAAGUUGAAGAUGACCCACAUAAGAAUGCCCAAGUUUUCGUCAACCUCUCCAUCCAAAAGCAUGCUAGCUUUGGUUUAUCGGUGGAUGGAAGAGUCACGACAUCCUUCCCUAGAAAAUGUAGCAAUUGUUCGGCCCCAUAUUGCCGACAGAUUGACACAAAAUUUAAUGUGUGGGUUCUUAUGGCAAGUCGAGAUGAUCGCAAGGUAUCACUACCUGAAAUUGGAGGCGACCCUUAUGUGAUAUAUGUGAGACCAGGAUACGAAGUUGAUCUUGAUUCUCUUGUACAAGAUGCCAUCCGGCUAAACUCCUCAGUAAAUGAUACGUGCUCGGAAUUGUGCGAAAAAUCUGAGGCUACAAUACAAUGAACACCAGCAAUACAAAGUAUCCUUCAAAAAUAUCAAGAUAAACUUAUUAAAGAUCAUUUUAUUUUUUAGAUACAGGUGGACAAAGCCAGGCUUCUGUUGAUAAAAGGUGGUCUAAACUAUUGGAAUUAAAGAAAGCAAAUUUAUGAUUUGUGCUAUAAAAUAAGAUAUUUCAUGUGUAGAAUAAUCAUCCUUUCUACAAAUAAAUUUUAUGUAUAAUGUAUUUCUCCUCAUUUCCCUUUAUCACAUUACCCAUCUUACCCAUCACUUUUCUCUCUUCUCUUCCUAUCCCUCUCUUAAACUCUAACAAAUUUUGGAAAUCUUUUUGUGAGUAUCCAUUACUCAUAAUGUUUUGAUGAAUAUUUUGCUUCUUUCUGAAAGGUAUACCAUUACUAAUGAAUGCUUGGAUAAUCUGUUUUACCAAGUUCCGCACAUGCAUUCUUCAGCAGAAUUUGGAUAGAUGUUACAGUUCAGCAUUUUAGACUCUCGUGCAGUCGAGAUUAUUAUAGUUUUAAGCCGUGAAUUUUG